AUGAAGUCUUCUAGGGGAAGCUUAGAUAUAGAAAAAGAGCUAAUGUUAACAGCUCAUAUCGAUUAUAAUAGAGUUUCUAUUCAAUAUAACCCUUCUGUUGCAUCUCUUUAUGAAGAUGCAUUACUUUAUGAGCAUGGUUCUGCAAUUACAUCUACAGGAGCAUUGGCAGCAUUUUCAGGUGAAAAAACAGGAAGAUCUCCCAAAGAUAAACGCAUUGUUAAUAAUCCUGAGUCUUGUGAAAAAGUUUGGUGGGGACCUGUAAACUCAAAGGCAAAUAUACCUCGGAUUAAAGAGUACAUAAUGUCACAUUCUGUAUGGUUAAUUAAUCGUGAAAGAGCUAUUGAUUAUUUGAAUACACAAAAACGAAUUUAUGUUUUUGAUGGAUAUGCUGGAGCAGAUGAAAAAUAUCGUAUUAAAGUUCGUGUGAUAUCUUCUCGUGCUUAUCAUUGUUUGUUUAUGAUGAAUAUGUUAAUUCGUCCUUCAAACAAUGAUGUUUGUUCUCAAAAACCGGAUUUUGUUAUUUAUAAUGCAGGUUCAUUUCCUGCAAAUCGUUAUACAGUUGGAAUGACGUCUCGUACAUCAGUAGCUAUUAAUUUGGAGGAUCGAGAGAUGAUUAUUCUUGGAACUGAAUAUGCUGGAGAAAUGAAGAAAGGUAUACUCACAUUUAUGUUUUAUCUUCAGCCAGUUUUAUAUAAUGUUUUAACACUUCAUUCAUCGGCUAAUGAAGGAAAAAAUGGUGAUGUUUCUCUUUUUUUCGGUUUGUCUGGGACAGGAAAAACAACUUUAUCAGCUGAUCCCGAACGUUACCUUAUUGGGGAUGAUGAGCAUUGUUGGUCAGAUACAGGUGUUUUUAAUAUUGAAGGAGGGUGUUAUGCAAAAUGUGUUGAUUUAUCUCAAGAAAAAGAACCUGAAAUCUUUAAUGCCAUUCGUUUUGGCGCAAUUCUUGAAAAUGUGAUUUUUGAUCCAGUAACACGAGUGGUUAAUUACAGUGAUAUUUCUAUUACAGAAAAUACACGUUGUGCAUAUCCUAUUGAAUACAUUCCUAAUGCGAAAAUUCCAAGUUUAACGAAUAAACAUCCAAAAAACAUUAUUUUAUUAACAUGUGAUGCUAAUGCUAUUUUGCCGCCUGUUUCUAAGCUUACAAGCGAUCAAGUUAUAUAUAAUUUUAUUAGCGGUUAUACUAGUAAAAUGACAGGAACUGAAGACGGUGUAACAGAGCCUCAGCCAGCAUUUUCUGCAUGCUAUGGAGAGCCGUUUCUCGUUCUUCAUCCUAUUGAAUAUGCUGUAAUGUUAUCUGAAAAAAUGAAAAAACAUAAUUCUGAUGCUUGGCUUAUUAAUACUGGUUGGAUUGGCCAAAGUUUUUUGAAAGGUGGCAAACGUUGCCCACUUAAAUAUACUAGAAUCAUUUUGGAUACAAUUCAUUCUGGUCAAUUGGCAAAAGCUGAGUAUCAAACUUUUCCUGUUUUUAAUUUUCAAAUUCCAAAAUAUAUUGAAGGUAUUCCUUCAGAAAUUCUUAACCCUUUGGAAAGUUGGAAUGGCACUAAAGAAGAAUUUUAUAAAAAUCUUCAUAAAUUAGCGUAUCUUUUUAUAGAAAAUUUUGAAAAAUAUAAAGAUAUGGCUACACAGAAUAUUUUAGAUGCUGGACCAAUUAUACAAUAA